UCAGCAAUAACUACAAACAAACAUUAGAUUUAAACGCGAAGAAAAGGCUAUUAACAAUUCUGCAAGUUUAUUUUAACAAUCGCAGGGUCACUCGAGAUAUAGCGAGGUCACAGAGGGAAAAGUACUGCGUAGUUCAGUAGCUGGUUACUGUUCGUUAAUUGUAGCCAUGCUAAUCCUGUUUGUGCUAUUGUGUUUAGUUGCUGCAAUACGCGGUCAAGGCAACAGCGUAUUCAUACCGCAAUGUGCGAACAAUGACCACUGCCCGCUGGAUCACGCUUGUGUUGCCCAGAGAUGUGAAGAUCCUUGUUUAGGCACUUGUGGCUCAAACUCCACUUGCCACGUGAGGUUCCACAUCCCUUCGUGCGCCUGCCCUUCAGGCUUCACCGGGGACCCGUUGACAGCUUGCUUUCCACAGGUACAGCCGCAGUGCACAGCCAAUGACCACUGCCCGCUCGAUCGCACUUGUGUUGGCCAGAGAUGUGAAGAUCCUUGUGUAGGCACUUGUGGCUCAAACUCCACCUGCAACGUGAGGUUCCACAUCCCUACGUGCGUCUGCCCUUCAGGCUACACCGGGGACCCUUUGACAGCCUGCUUUCCACAAGUACAGCCGCAGUGCACGGCUAACGACCACUGCCCGCUCGAUCGUGCUUGUGUUGGUCAGAGAUGUGAAGAUCCUUGUGUCGGCGCUUGUGGCUUCAACUCCAUCUGCCAAGUGAGGUUCCACAUCCCUUCGUGCGCCUGCCCUUCGGGCUACACCGGCGACCCUUUCACUGCUUGUUUGCCUCAGGACCCUCCAGAGAGUUGCACACCCCCCACCAGAAAGGUUUACAGAGUUCACAGUGCUCAAAAGAUUAACUGGUACUCUGCAGUUUUGCACUGUCUGUCCAUUGGCGAGAGAUUGGCAAGUAUCACAUCCAAAGAAGAAAUGAAUUUAAUCAAAGAAGAGAUAUCCAGAACAGGCAUUCGAAAUGACCAGUUCUGGACGUCCGGAAACAGCUUCGUGCUGGGAAAAUGGACUUGGUUUUCUACUGGGCUGCCCAUUACGUUCGUAGACUGGGGAGCCGGAGAGCCCAAUAACAUCAAUAACAAUGAAAAGUGUGUACAAUAUCACGAAAGGAACAGAACCGGCUACGUGUGGAAUGAUGUCACGUGUGUCGGACUGAGCUACCCAAUAUGUGAACAUUUUGAGAAAUAAGUUAUCGAUGUAAAAAAUAUAUAUUUAUGUAUCAAAGAAAAUAAAUUUUUUGGGUAAAUUUGGA